AUGGCGGAGAAGCACGACAAGGUCGAUAACCUCGACCGCGCCAGCGACUUGGAGUCGUCCAUUGCAGCGGACAUUCCGCCCCGACGCCUCUCGCUUUCUGGCGCUGGUACACUCUCCCUAUCCGACGUCGAACCCGUCUCGGUCACAUUGCGAAACCUGGCCGUCUCGGUCGACACGUCGCCGUCAUACAUUGAGCCUUCAACCUGGCCGCAGCUCAUCUCAUCCAAGUUCAACACGACGCCAUGUAUGAAGACGCUCCUGCAUUCAGUGUCGGCAGACUUCAAGCCGGGCACACUGACGGCGAUCAUUGGAGGCAGUGGCUCGGGCAAGACAACCAUGCUGAACACCAUGGCGGACCGGGUCCAGAGUGCGCGGUUGCAGAAUGACGGAACUCUGCUAUACAAUGGUACUGACAGCGUGGAGAGCGUCAGACACGCCUAUGUCAUGCAGCAGGACAUUUUGUUACCCACACUCACGGUGCGCGAGACCCUGCGAUACUCGGCCAACCUGCGUCUGCCGCCAUCGACAUCGUCUGAAGACCGCACCCUUGUUGUGGAGGAGGUUCUGCGUGAACUAGGGCUCAAAGAGUGCGCCGACACAAGGAUCGGCAACAGCCAACAUCGGGGCUGCUCUGGGGGGGAGAAGCGACGCGUGAGCAUUGGUGUGCAGAUGCUCGCCAACCCGUCAGUACUUUUCCUCGACGAACCCACCACGGGCCUGGACGCCACCAGCGCCUACCAGUUGGUGCGCACGCUCAAGAAACUGGCACAGAGUGGCCGCACAAUGAUCACCACGAUCCAUCAACCGAGGUCGGAGAUUUGGGACCUGUUCGACAACCUGGUCAUCCUCUCAAAGGGCAGCCCUGUGUACUCUGGAAGCAUCCCCGAGUGUCUGCCCUGGUUUGCAGACCUAGGCUUCCAAAUUCCCGCGUUUGUCAACCCUGCCGAGUUCGUCAUCGACAUCGCCGCCGUCGACAAUCGCACCCCAGAGCUAGAAGAGGAGACUACAGUCCGGGUGCAGCGUUUGAAAGACGCAUGGUCGGCCGAAAGUGACAGGCAGUACGGUCCUCCAGAUGAGCUGGCGCUCCAUAGCACCUCGACGCGCUCAAAGGCCCAGUCACAGCACUCUGGCUUCCUCCGCCAGACAUUGGUGUUGGCAGACCGGACUUUCAAAGUCACUUAUCGAGAUCCUCUCGGCAUGGGCGCGUGCAUCUUUGAAGCUGUGACUAUGGGCAUCAUCUGUGGCUACCUCUUCUUCGACCUUCCACGCGACGCCUCUGGUAUUCGAUCACGACAAGGGGGCUUGUACACGGCCGCCGGGCUUCAGGGAUACCUGAUCCUCAUCUUCGAGGUGUAUCGCAUGACUAUAGACAUCCCCACGUACGACAGGGAAAAGUCAGAAAAUUGCGUCUCUGCUCUGCCUUACAUCUUCUCGCGCCGUUUGGCACGCCUGCCCACGGAGGAUAUACCCGUGCCUUUCCUCUUUGCCACCAUCUUCUACUUCAUGGCGGGCUUCGAGAGAGAGGUCUCCAAGUACUUUACCUUCUUCGCCAUCACCCUGCUCAACCAUUACAUUGCUGUCACGUGUGCGAUGACAUGUGUCACGGCUGUACGCCAUUUUGCAGGUGCUAGUCUCAUCGCCAACUUGGUGUUCACGCUGCAGAGCAUGGCUUGCGGCAUGUUCAUCCAGGUCGAGACGAUCCCUGUCUACGUCCGGUGGCUCAAGUGGAUCACCUACUCCUUCUACACCUUUGGGGCCUAUGCUGCAAAUGAGUUCCAGGACAACUUCUACGCUUGCCCCGAUGGAGGCGGCCCAAAUGACCCGGCUUGUCGUCUAUAUCGAGGUGACUUCAUCAUGAACUCGCUGGGGUUCCCGCCUAAUUGGGUCUGGAGGCCAAUCAUCAUUAUGGUCGCUUUUGUCGCCUUCUUUGUGCUACUGUCAGCCAUCGGUCUGCAGUGGAUCCCUGUCGAGAUGACGAUUGCUAGGGCCCGUGUCUCGGACGCUGACCUGUCUGCUGGCAAGGAGAAGAUGAACGCGCAAUCCAUAUCGGAGGUCAGGGCAAUCGACCUCGGCCUCAAGGACUUUGCUCUUGAUCUCGACAAAAGAACAGUGCGUGGCAAGAAGUUACCCCGGAAGACUAUCUUGCACCCUGUAAGCGCAACGUUUCAAGCCGGCACACUCAACGUGAUCAUGGGCCCAUCAGGGAGCGGCAAGACAUCGCUGCUCAACGCCAUGGCUCUUCGUCUGCGUAAUUCCAUUGGCACCAAGUAUCGACCAUCCGGCAAGCUGACAUUCAAUGAAGCUGAGCCUUCCGACUCCGUCAUUCGCUCCGUAUGUUCCUACGUCUGCCAGGACGACGAUGCUCUGUUGCCAUCCCUCACGGUCCGAGAAACGCUGCGCUUCUCGGCUGGCCUGCGCUUGCCCUCGUUUAUGAGCAAGGAAGAGAAGACACGCCGGGCGGAAGAUGUCCUCAUGAAAAUGGGACUCAAGGACUGCGCAGACAAUCUCAUUGGCAGCGACAUGAUCAAGGGCAUCUCUGGAGGUGAGAAGCGCCGCGUGUCCAUUGCGGUGCAAAUUCUCACAGACCCACGCAUCCUCUUGUUGGACGAGCCUACGUCGGGCCUGGACGCAUUUACGGCAAGCUCCAUUAUGGAAGUACUCCAAGGUCUGGCCGACGAGGGGCGAACACUCAUUCUCACGAUCCACCAAGCCCGUUCCGACCUGUUUACGCAUUUUGGCAAUGUGCUUCUCCUGGCGCGCGGCGGAUCGCCCGUGUACUCGGGAGCUGCCAAGGAGAUGCUCAGCUACUUCAACAGGCAAGGCCUUGAGUGCCCGAGACAUACGAAUCCUGCCGACUUUGCGCUCGACAUGAUCACCAUUGACUUGCAACAGGAUCAAAGGGAAGAGGAAAGCCGAGAACGAGUCAAGAAGCUGGUCCAGAACUGGGAGAAGUGUGAUCACAUCCCCGAACAAGGGCUGUCGCAGAUUCAAGAGCGCGAGGAAACUGCAGGCGAGACCUCUGCAGCCAACAAGGAGUCAGAUGGGUUUUGGACUGAGAAGCGCCCGUCACUGGCGUCCAAAGGCCGCAAGUCCUUCAACAAAGCCUCGUUGACGACCCCCGCGGAGCUGGGCGCGCUCAUCCGCAAGCGCGCCGGUUUUGCGACUGCGUUCCCUAUUCUGAUCCACCGCGCCAUCAUCAACACGCGUCGUCAGCCAGAGCUGAUCACGGCGCGUCUCAUGCAGGUCAUUGGUCUCGCCAUUGUCCUCGCACUGUUCUUCGCACCUCUAGGCAACGGGUACUACUCCGUCCAGAACCGCAUGGGGUUCGUGCAGGAAAUCGGCGCGUUCUACUUCGUGGGCAUGCUGCAAAACGUGGCCAUCUACCCCUCUGAGCGUGACGUCUUUUACCGCGAGGACGACGAUGGCGUCUACGGGAUUGAAGCAUUCAUCGCCAGCUACACCAUCCUCGAGGUGCCCUUUGAGAUUAUCUCGUGCCUGGUCUUUGGUGUCCUGGGCGCCAUCGCUAUUGGUCUCCCGCGGACAGUGAUCAUGUACUUUGUCACCGUGUUCGCCUGCUUCGGCAUCGUGUCCUGCGGCGAGUCGCUGGGCAUCAUGUUCAACACGCUUCUGCCCCACACCGGCUUCGCCAUCAACGUCAUGGGCAUCUUCCUCUCGGUCGCCAACACCAUGGCCGGUAUCCUGAGCAUCGACAUGCCGGAUCUCUUCCAGGCGGUCAACUACCUCUCGCCCAUCCGCUACGCGACGCGCGCUGUGGCGCCGUACUCCCUGCGCGGGGUUGAGUUCACAUGCAACGACAGUCAGCGCAGGCCCGAUGGGCGGUGUCUCAUCGAGACAGGGCAGGACGUGCUGGAUCUGUACAAGUUUGAGGAGGGGCCGCUGGUGAAUAUAGGCGCAUUGGCGGCGUGUGUGGUCGUCUAUCGAAUCCUGGCGUGGGCGCUGCUGAGAGUCGUGAGAGGGCGUUGGAGAGAGAAGAUGAGGGAGAAGGGGUGA